AUGUUGCUGCCGGACCAAACGUACGAGCAGGCGAACUUACGCCAGGAGCGUCUGCGCGUACGAUCAUCGACGGCGUUCGACGACGACGACCAUGGAGAGGACCGUGGCUUCCAGCGGUUGCUCGAACUGCGGGGGCUCGACGUGAAGCGGCUUCAGGCUGAGCAGGAGGUAUCGUCGGACCGUGUGCUGGCGAAUAAUGAGAUGAAAUUCGGUGGCUCCGGAGAGGAUGGAAGUGGGAGCAGUGGAGUCGGCAGCUCGACCGACGGUCCAAGAAAUGGCAAGCACCAGGAGGUACUCGAUGUUCGGCUGCCGAUGUCGAUGACAAAUGGCGGCAAGCACGUGGUGGACUUCGACGGAGACAGUCUGUGGAGUGGUGGAAGGGUCCAUCACAAUGGUCGCGUUGACGCGGGCAGUCACACGAUGGACGUUAGAAGUCGUUCGAGGAGUAGCCAGAGGGCGCCACCGACUUGUGUCUACGCUGAGCCGAAGCAAAGCCGUUCCGAUCAGACCGAUCGAGGUAUCGGACUUGGAUCGACAAGUUCAGUAGGAAGCAGCGGACUCAGUUACUCCAGCGAUUCUUGCGAUGAGGAGGACAAUCGAUUCGGUCCAGAAGAUGUGUCUAGGAAGGCAUCAUCGCUACAAAAAAAACGGAUCAACCCUGACCGAAGGGAGGGAUCUCUAUCUCCACCGAAAGUUCCUGAUGGAGAAAGCUGGGCUCCGGAUCAUGGCGAGCGCGACGACUACGACAAGACGUCGGACUUCUUCAACAACAUUCCAGAAUUCCAUGGCGAAGCCCUCGGACCUUUUAGUCUGGCGGAUAAAAGAACCGAACCAGACUGGGGCAGCAUACGGACGAACGUGGACAUCCUACGCGCCUGCGAGCUCUUCCUGAUGCGACACCGGAUGCGACCGGACUUUUUCUGCAAGUACACCAAGGCUAUGAAUCCCUCAGCAUCGGCACCAGCAUCAUUCCCGCUGUCCCGUUCCCGAACUCCAAUCGACGAUCCUCGGAAGCCAAAGAGUGUGUCCCCGCCAAUGCAGCGGCCGGCGUCACGGGCGCACGGUUCGGCGAGCUUUUCCCGCACUUCGAUGACCCUGGCUGCCGAAGGGCGAAGUCCACCCGGUGACCGUGGUCCAGGUCCGAUCUACAGCGUGCCAAAUCGUGCCGGCAAAAAACGCCGCCCUAAUGCCGCGAUCGUUUCGGUGUAA